GCGACUUAGAAGGUACGUUGAUAUUUCAGUUCUUUGAAUUCACGUUGAAUUCAGCAAGUUCAGUGAAUUUUUAUCAAAUAAUACGACGCCCUUUUCGUAGUGCUUUAAUUUAUCACUUUCAGUUAAUUUACUUUUCAUUUACUUUCCUUUUUUUGGUGUUUUGCAGAUCGUUGUCUAGAAUUCUGAAGCCCAACUGCAGGCUUCCAUCUUCUCGCACUUAGACCACGAAUUCUUGCAAACAUGACCGUUGACAGUGGAAGCCGAGACAAGGGCCGUUUUAGUAGAGGCCCUGGUGGUAGAGGUGGUAGCUUUGGUGGCCGUAGCAAAUUUGGCGGCGGUGGAGGAGGCGGAGGAAGACGAGGAGGUGGCGGAGGCCGAUUUGGUGGUGGUGGUGGCGGCGGCGGCCGUGGCAAGUACGACAGUAAUGACAUGUGCCGUGAGUUACGAGCCCCCAAGUGGGAUGAAACAACUAUGACUCCAUUCCGGAAAGAUUUUUACGAGCCUUCAAAACACAACAAGAAAAGAUCUCAAGAAAAAAUUGACGCGUAUUUGAAAGACAAUGACAUUACUGUAAGUCGAGGUGAUGCACCUGGACCAAUCUUGAAAUUCAAGGAAGCCAACUUCCCAGAUCACAUCAUGGAACGUAUUACGAAAAAUGGAUUUGAGAACCCCACUCCAAUUCAGGCUCAAGGAUGGCCCAUUGCCAUGAAGGGGCACAAUUUAGUGGGGAUUGCUCAGACUGGUUCUGGAAAAACAUUGGCUUAUUUGCUCCCUGCUGCUGUACACAUCUCACACCAAUCACCACUCAAGUAUGGAGAUGGUCCUAUUGCAUUAGUCAUGGCACCAACAAGAGAGCUUGCCCAACAAAUUCAGGAAGUUGCCAAAGAGUUUGGACAUUCCCAGAGACUGCGGUCAACCUGUCUCUACGGAGGAGCAAGCAAACAACCACAGAUUCGUGCUUUAAAACAAGGAGUGGAAAUAGCCAUUGCAACACCAGGUCGAUUGCUAGAUCUGUUAACGAUGGGAGUUACGAAUCUCAAGCGGACAACUUUUGUCGUCCUUGAUGAAGCUGACAGAAUGUUGGACAUGGGUUUUGAACCUCAAAUCAGAAAAGUCAUGGAACAAAUUAGACCGGACAGACAAGUGUUGAUGUGGUCCGCAACUUGGCCCAGAGAAGUUCAAAGGCUUGCAGAAGAUUUCUUGGAAGAUUAUGUGCAGAUCAAUAUUGGAUCAGCUGAUCUAACAGCCAAUCACAACAUUAAACAAAUUGUGGAAGUGUGCGAUGAUCAUGAAAAAGAAGACAAGUUAAUGGACCUCCUGAAAGAAAUUAGUCAAGAGCGAGAAAGGAAAACUAUAGUAUUUGCAGAAACCAAACGAAGAGUUGAUGAAAUAGCAAGAACCAUCAAGUUUAACGGAUUCAAAGUCUCUGGAAUUCACGGUGACAAAAGUCAAAAUGAAAGAGAGUAUGCCUUGAAAGAUUUCAGGAACGGAAGGAUAGAUGUGCUAGUUGCAACAGAUGUCGCUGCUCGUGGUUUAGAUGUAGAUGAUGUUAAAUUUGUGAUCAACUUGGACUUCCCCGGUGCUACGGAAGAUUACGUCCAUCGAAUAGGCCGAACUGGUAGAUCAAAUCAAACUGGAACAGCCUACACCUUCUUCACCAGAAAGAACGCAAAACAAGCCAGUGAAUUAGUCUCCAUUUUGAAUGAAGCAAAUCAAGAAGUCGACCCUAAAUUACAAACCCUGGCCUCAAGAUCAGGUUCCUAUGGUGGAAGAGAUAGGCGAUGGGGCUCAUUCAAGAGUGGUGGAAGGUUCGGAGGCAGAGGAGGCGGUGGAUUCCGCAGUGGUGGUGGAGGAGGACGAGGAUCGUGGGGCGGCGGCGGUGGCCGAAGCAGUGGAGGAGGAAGUUGGGGUGGAGACCGACCCAACAAACGGAAAACGUUCGAUGACUAAAUGGAAGUGAAACUUGUUUCAUAUCAGUGUUGUUUUCAUUCCCCACCCUUCUUCCUGUGAAUAUGAAGUUAAUCGCUUUGUUUUUAUCUAUCUUUUUUUACUGUGUAAAUUAUUAUUGUAAUUUUUUUUUUGUAUGUUGUAAUUACAAAAUACAAUGUGAUAAAGUAUCUCAUGAUCCAUGAAUCCAAUACAGUUCAUCUAUGAAUGUGUCCAUUUCAUACUCAAAAUUUUAUUCUGCUUUAUCCUAACUGUAAUCUGUCUGAAGCAUAAUUAAAUUUUCACUGAGUAUUAUGAUAUUAA